CUUCGCGCGGCCCGAGGAUCGGCUUUCGGUCGCCCCGGUGAGAGGUUAGGAGUACGCAGCCAGCAGUUGCGAGUGGUGGGAGAGCAAGUUAGAGAGGAGGAGAGAAGAGAUAGACAAGUUCAGAGGCUUCAGUUGUUCGGUCGGAGGGCAGUGGGGGGUCGCGGCUGCGGAUAAUCAGGCGCCGAGGAGAAGGAAUAACCUCGAAGGACGCGGACGGCGAUCGAUCCCUGCGACGCGACGACGUCCUCGAUGGGGCAGACGCGCGCGAGAUAAUUCUCCGAACGCUUAUCUGCUCGCCGACGUCAGACGCGACCUUGCACCCGGAGCGGAGAGCGAGAGAGCGAGAAAGAAAGAGAGCACCGCAGGUAGACGGGCACCGUGAUGCCGGCGCGAAGGACACUCGGCGCUCUGUGAUCGGAAGCAAAUGGAAGUGUCGCGGCGACGCUGAUCCCGAUUGCCAAGGAAGUCAGACGGCUCUGUCUGUCACCGGCUCAGGAGGGGAGCUUCGCGAGAGACCAGGUGGCCCGAAAGACGAGGAGUCUGCCCUGUGAUAACAACUUGUGACCUUAAACAAUGAGAACCGAUAAGAGAAAGUCGAGGCACUCGCCACCGAGGGUGAGGGAGACGGAGAUCCUGUGGUCGGACAUAGCCGGUCGCAUUCUGAUAAACGCGAUCUCGUAUCCCAUCGAGUACGCCAAGGUUCUGAUUCAGAUCGGAUAUGAGCCUAUUCCGCCGAAACCAACUGUAACGUUGUUCGGAAAGCCAGCGCUAAAGUUACCCAAUGCCUUCACGUACAUCAAGCACAUAAAGAACGUGGACGGCCUUACGGGCUGCUACAGGGGCUUGAUACCCAAGGUGUGUUCCUACACUGUUAGCACGAUAGCGUGUGACAAAACUUUGGAGUAUCUCCAGCCCAAUUCGGUGGAGCGGAACGAAAAUGAAGAGGACGAGGACGAGAGUGUGAGACGUAAACGGUGCAUGAAUGAGAUUAUCAAGGAUGUAAUCAGUAGAACAGUCGCGAUCAUAGUUAGCCAUCCUCUGGAAGUCAUUUCGUUGAGGAUGAUGGCGCAAUUUGUGGGCGGAGAAACAAGAUAUAGUAGUCUAUUCGGCUCGUUCCUGGAGAUCUACAGGGAGAAUGGGAUCCUGGGAUAUUACGCAGGAUUGAUCCCACGUGUUAUAGGAAGUGCUGCGGUUAUAGUUCUAACCGGUAUCUCCACAUAUGCCAUAAAUAAUUAUGUCAUACAGGAGCCGGCGAUGAAACCAUACACUUCCUCGACCAUGAAAUUUGUAGCUACGACUGUCAUGUACCCGUUCCUAGUGGUGUCGCACUGCAUGGCAGUAAAUGAUUGUGGGUUGGUAGCUGGUCUUCCACCGCACAUGCCGAUCUACGACAACUGGCUGCGUUGCUGGUCCCAUCUGUCAGCUCACAACCAGCUGAAGAGAGGCAGCAGCCUGCUGUGGCGUUACUACACCGGGCCGCAAAUGCUGCUGAACGGCAAGCUGAUACCGAUUAUGGGCGAUAAUUUUUAUCAGCCCAGCUCUUAAUGGACAUCCCAAGUAAGCCAGACAAGUCUGUUGUAAGCCAAAUAAGUUUGUUAUAAACCAAAUGAGUGUCGACCGACAGUCAUGCCCAUUUGACGUUUUAUUUAUACAGUGUACACAUGUAGCUAUAUACAAAGGAAAAGGAAAAAGAAAGUUUGGCUGCAACGAAUUUCUCUAGAAUCAAGCAAGAGUUCCGCGCAUUAAACAUUUCUUAGAAGAUCGAGCUGUUAUAUUAAAAAUAACGAAAACGGAAGACAUACCAAUUCAGAAAUCCAUCGAGAUGGUUCGGUUAAUUGUAAUAAAACGCAGUUACAAUUAAUUGCAAUUAAAUGCGAUAUUUCCCAACGAGGAACUCGACAAUCAUUGGAUAAAUCAUUCCUCGAUGUUCGAGAUUGAUAGGCGUCAUUUAUUAGUCAUCUCGUGAUGAAUUCAAUACACUUGUUUGAGAAGGUACGACAUAUCAUCUCGAUCGAUCCUGCACCUUCAGAUCAGGUAUGCAAAAGUGCUUGUAAAUAAAGAUAAACAAAUUGGAACAGAACACCAGUUGCGCAAUAAAAGAAGUGAUGCUGGAAGAA